AUGGAAGAAGAGUUUGAUAUUGAUAAGCAUAAAUUUAUUUUAUUAUUACCAGAAAGUUUAAGAGAGAAUAGCACUUUAGUUGUAAAUAACAAUAAACAUUACAUUCUUAAAGAAUCAAACUAUUAUCCAAUUACAGUUGAGAGAUAUUCCAAUUCAAAGGUCUGUACUACUGAAAACAAUUCUUAUGAAGAUGAAAAGGUCAAUUUCAUUCUUACUGCUUUUGACACUGUAAAUUAA